GAAGGGUCACCGGUGGUCACUAGAGUUCAAGGGGGUGAAAGAUUAUUUUGACUCGGUUCCAUUCCGCCGGCAUCACGCCUGAACAGAGGCUUGACGGCCAAUGAUCCGAUUUCAAUUAAAUGUAAACGGGACAAGUAUUCUUUGACUCGGGGUUGAGUGCGGAUCAGGCUGGGGGAGAGCAAUGAGCUUAUUUAGUUCUCGCCGGUUUCCUGCCCACCGCUGAUAUGCCCUCCUUAGACGACCUCCUGGAGCACGUCGGCGAGUUCGACCGCUUCCAGAAACAAGCCUUCUUCUUCCUGUGCCUGCUGUCGGCGGCCUUCACCCCGAUCUACGUGGGGAUCGUGUUCCUGGGGUUCACCCCGGAGCACCGCUGCCUGAGCCCGGGCCUGCCGGAGCUGAGCGGCCGCUGCGGCUGGAGCCGGGAAGAGGAGCUGAAUCGCACGGUGCCCGGGCUGGAGGGCGCCGGGGGGGCCUUCGCCCGCCAGUGCCGCCGGUUCGACGUGGACUGGAACCAGUCGUCUCUCAGCUGCGAUGACCCGCUGGCCCUCUGGGCCGGGAACCGGAGCGCCAUCCCUCUGGCCCCCUGCCGCGAUGGCUGGAUCUACGACACAGAGGGGUCCUCCAUUGUCACUGAGUUCAACCUGGUGUGUGAUAAUUCCUGGAAACUAGACGUGUUUCAAUCCUGCGUGAACAUGGGCUUCUUGAUUGGCUCUCUGAGCAUCGGUUACAUCGCCGACAGGUUCGGCCGCAAGAUGUGCCUCUUGGUCACCAUCUUCAUCAAUUCCGUCUCCGGGGUGCUCAUGGCCUUCUCGCCCAACUAUCCGUCCGUGCUGAUCUUUCGCUUACUCCAGGGAAUGGUCAGCAAAGGGAGCUGGACUUGUGGCUACAUCCUGAUCACAGAGUUUGUUGGCUUGAGCUACCGGAGAACCGUGGCCAUUUUGUACCAGAUGGCCUUCGCCAUUGGCCUGGUGGUCCUUUCCGGAGUGGCCUACGCAGUUCCUCACUGGAGGUGGCUGCAGUUUGCCGUCACCCUGCCGAGCUUCCUCUUCUUGCUCUACUACUGGUGCCUGCCAGAGUCUCCCCGCUGGCUGCUCUCCCAAAAGAGAAACGAAGAAGCGAUCGAGAUCGUGGAUCACAUUGCCCAGAGGAAUGGAAAACGGCUGCCGGACAGCAUGAAGACUCUUUCCUUUGAAGAGGACAGUUUUGAAAAACGGAACCCAUCCUUUGUGGAUCUGUUCAGCACCCCGCAGAUGAGGAAACACACUUUAAUUCUGAUGUACAACUGGUUCACAAGUUCUGUGCUCUAUCAGGGCCUCAUCCUGCACAUGGGAGCCACAGCGGGGAACCUGUACCUGGAUUUCUUCUACUCUGCCCUGGUAGAGUUCCCCGCGGCCCUCAUCAUCAUCCUCACCAUCGAUCGCUUUGGCCGUCGCUUCCCGUGGGCCUUGUCCAAUAUGGUGGCUGGGGCCGCCUGCGUUCUUGCUACUUUUAUUCCUGGCGAUUUGUCCUGGUUAAAGACUGUGGUGGCCUGCUUGGGACGAAUGGGGAUCACAAUGGCUUUUGAAAUGGUCUGUUUAGUGAAUGCAGAAUUAUAUCCGACAUUCAUCAGGAACCUCGGAGUCAUGGUCUGCUCUUCUCUGUGUGAUGUUGGGGGGAUCAUAACCCCCUUCAUUGUCUUCAGAAUGACCGAAGUUUGGCAUGAGCUGCCGCUUACUUUAUUUGGUGUGGUGGGCUUAGUCGCUGGUGGAACGGUAUUGCUUCUCCCGGAGACCAAAGGCAUAAAGCUACCAGAGACCAUUGAAGAUGCUGAAAGCAUGAGGAGUCACUGCCAAAAAGGGAAGACCAAAGAAAACUUGAUUUAUCUUCAGAUCCAAACAUCGGAGCUAGCAAAAAACUAAGAAUCAGAUCUGGGGUUUGUCCAAGGAUGUCAUGGCGAAGACCAGCUGCCUGAACCCGUCUUCUCCUUUAUCUCCACUGAUUUUCAGGAUUCUUGUUCAUACUCUCUCAAGGGGCAGUGUCAGUGCCAAAGCAGAGUUCUCCGGUCUUCUUUCCUUCUACCCUAACCGGAUAGUGAAUUAGCGGUCUUGUCUUAUGCUGUUGAGUUGUCUCAGAUCCAUAGUGACUCCACGGAUACGUCUCUCCCAGAAUUCCCCACCUCCAUCUGCAAUCAUUCUGCAAGUGUAUCCAUAGAGUUUUCUUGGUUAAAAAAAAAAAUAUGGAAGUGGUUUAUCAUGGCUUUCUUCCGCACAGUACACUUGAGUCUCCACCGUCGACUCUCUUCCAUGCUACUGCUGCCCAGCACAGGUGAGUUUUGAUCUGUAACAGAUUUCUUUCCACUCUCUAGCCACUGGCCAAGCUAGAAGUGGAAUGGGUAGGCCUCUGCUCGACUCUCCCUCCCAUAGUCGAGACUGGUAGAGUGCUGGAAUCCCUCCAGGUGUGAUCCUGAGAGGGUGAGAUGGUGGUACCCAAAUUAUUUAUCUUUUCACCCAGAGGUGGGAGAGGAGGCAGACUCCUCCCCAAAUGGCCAGAAAAUUUUAAGGCCCUCCAACACAUGAAUUCUGCCUCGUCAAUUAUCAUUGGUAUUUAUUGAGCUCUUACCGUGUGCAGAGCACUAAGAGCUUGUGAGAGAGGUGUCUAAAACUGGAUAUACACUGUGUUCAGUAGCUCCUCUCAUUCUCCAUAUCAAGAAAAUGCUUUUGGUUUGCAGGAUGACUGCCUUUAUUAGCAAAACGUCGUAUUCUGCUUUUCUAAGACUAGUUGCCUGAGAUGUGCAAGUAGUUCAUUCUAGCAAACUGAUUUGAAAGUCAAAUUGACGUUCAUGGUCAUUCAGGGAAGUAUGCAAAUAAAGCAACUCCCGGGUCUGCCUCUCAAGCUUCCUAAUGGAGUUAAAGACACAAAUACUUCAGUUGCUCAUAGCGGGCGAAUAAACAGGAAUUUGAAAGCAGGGGAGGGUUUUGAAGUAAGGGGGAGUUCUCGCUCGGUUCUAAGAACUGAUCGACCAUUUUUAGGCAUAAAGUUUUUGUGCCCCGGAUUUUCUUUGAUUUCUCUAUCCUAUCCAUAUUGUGUCAGUGGGUGGAUUUCCUCAUUAAGAAGAUAGAAUUUAUGGUAGUUGGCCACCCUACUCAGAUUGAAUCAGCGCAAAUCUCUUUUUGAAUGCAUCUCAUCACCAUCUCUCCCAUACCGGGAUUCGUUCUGAUCCAGUUGUGCUAAGCAACUCCCACAAGUGGCAGUUUAUUUAAAAAUCUGGGUGUAGAGAGUAGAGUGCCCUGCUUUCUAGAGUCAUUGUUCGGUCCCCUGCCCUGAGAGGUCUCAGUACUGGUUGGCUACAUUGGAGAUCGGGGCCACCUAGAAGCUGGAAACGUUCCGCCGUGGAAAACAUUUUGAAUGGCGAUUGAAUGGAGACGAAUAUCCAGAUGGGUAACUAAAUUCCUGAAUUAUCCUGAGCAAUGGGGGAAAGGGUGGGAGAGGGCCCGAGCUUCCGUUCUGGUUUGGAGGGUGGACGCUGAUUGCUUUUAUCUCAUGGAAAGCAAAACAAGCAUUUGUUGCCCUCUGGACUGUAAGCUCAUUGUGGUCAGGGAAUGUGUCUACCAACUCUGUUGUACUGUACUGUCCCACACACUUAAUAUAGUGCUCUCCACACAGUAAGGGCUCAAUAAAUACCAUUGACGGAUUGAUUGUACAGGGUUAUUUGAAAGGAAAUUUUUCAAUGGUAUUUAAGCACUUACUAUGCUCCAGGCACUGUACUAAGCGCUGGGGUAGAUACAAGAUAAUUAGGUAGGGCACAUCCGUGUCCCGCGUGGGGCUCACAGUCCUUAAUCCCACACUUGGUAAUUGAAGCCCAGAGAAGGGGAGUGCCUUGCCCACGGUUACACAGUAAUUAAGUGGCAGAGGCAGGAUUAGAACCCAGAUCCUCUGACUCCCGGGAUGUUCUCUUACCUCUAGGCCACGCUGCUUCUCAAUUUGCCCAUUUCUCAUUCAGUACCUUCCAUCCAGCACACGGGAGAAUGAAGUAUAAAUCAUUUUCGUGUCUCAGCGGUUAUGCUUUGGGAAACAGUGUGGCCCCUUCUCAAUAGCCCAAGGACCUGCGUUCUAAUCCCUGUUCUGUGUGACCUUGGGCCAGUCACUUAAUUCCCCCGUGCCUCAGUUUCCUCAUCUGUAAACAGGUGAUUCAGUACGUGAUCUCCUUACCCUUUAGACCGUGAGCCCCACGUGGGACAGGGACUGUGUCCGACAGACGUGGUUAUCUUCUAUCCACCCUAAUGCUUAGUAGCUGGGCACUGAGUAAGCACUUCACCAACACCACGGCAGUUAUUGAUUCUCAUCUCUCAAUCUGUAAUGAUAACACUCUUGCUUAUCAAGUAAUAAACACUGCUCUCUACCACGA